UAAAUUCUAAACAUUAAUUUUAUUAAUUUUCAGAUUCAAAAUGUAUUUUGCAGUUGCCAUACAACUCAGCAUAAUUUGCAUCAUCCAAUCAGCUGCUCAACGUGAAACCCAAGAUUGUAGUGGCUGUUGUACUCCUACUGCAAGGAUUCCUGGAAUUCCAGGCAUCAAUUUUGUCACUACUGCUCCAGGCCCAAAAGGGGAAAGAGGAGAGAAAGGUGAACAAGCUACUACCACAAUCAGCCAGCCUAAAUCUGCCUUCUCAGUUGGAUAUAAUGUAGACCCAGGCCGCCUACCAAUUAGUCCUAUGAAAUACCCAUUUAUAAUUACCAACUUUGGGAAUCACUACAAUAAUGAAACAGGCAAGUUUGUCUGUCGACAUCCAGGCAUCUAUGUCUUCCAGUUUACAUCAGGCUCAUUUAGCGGUAAUAAUAAUAAUAUUUUAACAAGCAUCUUGAAGAAUGGGCAACGCAUUCUCUCCUCACGGCAGACUGGUUCAGGCUUGAACUCAGCCAGCAACAUGGUAGUUCUUGAUUUAGUAGCAAAUGAUGAAGUGUGGACUGAACCGCUAAAUACCAACUAUAACAAUUACAACAGUAAUGCAUACAUCUUCUGUUCUUUUUCAGGCUUCCUGCUUUAUGCAUCUGCAUAAGGAAAUUUUGAAAACCUAAUAAUUACAAAUUACAAAUCAGCAAAUUGCAACAGAAUGACAUCUUUUUUAAUGACUUUUUACCAUUAGCAAAUAA